AUGGGUGGCUGUUUUGCGUGGCUAAGGUUGCCCAUGGCUGUGCUGGGGCUGGCGGCGAGCGCUGCGGGUCUGCAGGCGUACCCGGAGACGCAGGUGUGCCGGCUGACGGACGUGAGUGUUGAGUGGGUUCACGGGACGAUGAAGCGUCAAGGCGUGACCGAAUACGACAUCUGGGGGCACUCGCGCGGGCACGUGGACGUGCAGGUGCCGCGGAGCGUGGCGGAGGUGCUGGAGGGAUGCGAGGUGAUGGUGGAGGAUGUGGAUGCGCUGCUGCAGGAGCAGGCGGCGCGCCCGGGAGCCGCGGGCAGAGACGGUGCCGCACAGGUGCCGCUGGGAUACGCAGGAACGGUGGGCGACGUUUUCUUCGAUGACUUCCAGGACCUGGAGACGAUAUACAUGUGGCUGGACAUGCUGGAGCAGACGUAUCCCGGGCUGGUGACGGUGGAGCGCGUGGGCCAGACAUACGAGGGCCGCGAGAUGCGGGCGGUGCAUAUCUCAGCAGGCAAUGAGCAGCGCAACCCAGACAAGAAGACGGUGGUAAUUACGGGCGGCGUGCAUGCUCGCGAGUGGAUUGGCGUGAGCACGGCGUGCUUUGUCGUGGAGCGACUGCUCUCGCGGUAUGGGCGGGCGCCCAAGGAGACGCGCUACCUGGACGCGCUCGACUUCCUGGUGAUCCCUGUGUUCAACCCAGACGGCUACGCGUACACGUGGACGCACGACCGCCUGUGGCGCAAGAACCGGCAGCCCACGUACAUGCCCGGCUGCGAUGGCGUCGACAUUGACCACUCGUUCGACUACCACUGGACCGGCCAGCACGCCUACCCCUGCUCGGGCGACUAUAGCGGCCAGCAGCCGUUCGAGGCCGUGGAGGCGCGCAGCUGGAACGACUACGUGAACAAGACGAAGGCCGAGCUGGACAUCUACGCCUACCUGGACCUGCACUCGUACUCGGAGGAGAUCCUCUAUCCCUACGCCUACUCGUGUGACGCGCUGCCCCGCGACCUCGAGAACCUGCUCGAGCUCGCGCACGGGCUUGCGCGCGCGAUCCGCCGCAAGUCUGGCCGCAAUUACGACGUCCUGGCGUCCUGCAAGGACCGCGGCUCCGACCUCAGCCCGGGCAUGGGCUCCGGCUCAGCGCUCGACUACAUGUACCACCACCGCGCGCGCUGGGCCUUCCAGUUCAAGCUGCGCGACACCGGCAGCCGCGGCUUCCUGCUGCCCGCCGCGCACAUCAAGCCCGUCGGCCGCGAGCUCUACGCCGCACUCAUGUACUUUUGCGACUUCAUCUUGAACCCGGAGCUAUAG